UUUUUCUCAGCGUACAUAAUGAGCAACGCAUGAGUAGCUGCGGUGGUUCACAAACGUUUUAUUGUACAAAACAACGUAUUUUAGUGUUUAUAGAAUUAUUAAUACUGGAGAAACGCCGUAGUUUAAUGCAAUACGACGAAAUUUGCCUUAUUUCUGCACAUCUGGAGCCUGAAUCAUGGCGGAAUUGGGGGAGCAGGGCAGAAAACCAAGUGAUGAGUCAACAGAUGACUCUGAGGAGGAGGACACAGAGGAGGAGCCUAAAUUGAAGUAUGAGCGGCUGACCAAUGGGGUGACAGAGAUCUUGCAGAAGGAUGCGGCCAGCUGCAUGACAGUGCAUGACAAGUUCCUGGCUCUUGGGACACACUUCGGAAAGGUUUACCUCCUGGAUAUCCAAGGAAAUGUUACACAGAAGUUUGAAAUUAGUCCAGUGAAGAUAAAUCAGAUCAGUUUGGAUGAGAGCGGUGAGCAUGUUGGCAUCUGCUCUGAGGAUGGAAAGGUGCAAGUGUUUGGCCUGUACACCAGGGAGGGCUUCCAUGAAAACUUUGACUGCCCCAUCAAGGUUGUGGCGCUACACCCUCAGUUCAGCAAAUCCAACAAUAAACAAUUUGUGACUGGAGGAAAUAAGCUGUUGCUCUAUGAGAGGAACUGGCUGAACCGUUGGAAGACCUCUGUUCUACAUGAAGGAGAAGGCAACAUCACCAAUGUGAAAUGGAGAGUCAACUUCAUCGCCUGGGCAAACAGUGUGGGGGUAAAAAUCUAUGACAUCAGCAGUAAACAGCGCAUCACUAAUGUGUUACGGGACAGCACCAGUCUAAGGCCAGAUAUGUACCCCUGUAGUCUAUGCUGGAAAGACAACACCACACUGAUCAUUGGCUGGGGCUCUUCUAUCAAGAUAUGUGUUGUUAAAGAGCGUGACCCAACGGAGAUGAGAGACCUACCCAGUCGUUAUGUUGAGAUCGUGUCCGCAUUUGAGACAGACUUUUUCAUCAGUGGACUGGCUCCUCUGGCAGAUCAGCUGGUCACACUGUACUAUGUGAAAGAGAACUCAGAGCACAUGGAGGAGGAGUUCAGAACACGGCCUCGUUUAGACAUUAUCCAGCCGUUACCAGAGGGCUGUGAGGAGAUCUCGUCAGACGCUCUCACAGUACGCAACUUCCAGGAGAACCAGUGCAGGGACUACAGACUUGAACACUCAGAAGGAGAGUCUCUGUUCUACAUCAUCAGCCCUAAAGACAUUGUAGUGGCUAAAGAAAGAGAUCAAGAUGACCACAUCGACUGGCUCCUGGAGAAGAAGAAAUAUGAGGAGGCUUUGAUGGCUGCAGAAAUCAGCUUCAAAAACAUUAAACGACAUGACGUUCAGAAAAUUGGAAUGGCUUACCUCAAUCAUUUGGUGGAGAGAGGAGAUUAUAAUACAGCUGCCAGAAAAUGUCAAAAAGUGCUUGGAAAGAACAUGGACCUUUGGGAGAAUGAGGUGUACCGGUUCAAAACCAUUGGACAGUUAAAGGCCAUCAGUCAGUACUUACCGAGAGGAGACCUGCGUCUGCGGCCAGCCAUUUAUGAGAUGAUCCUACAUGACUUCCUCAAGACUGACUAUGAGGGCUUUGCCACAUUGGUCCGUGAGUGGCCUGGUGAGCUCUAUAAUAACAUGGCUAUAGUUCAGGCAGUGAAUGAACACCUGAAAAAGGACCCCAACAACAGAAUACUCCUCACAACACUGGCUGAGCUGUACACUUAUGACCAGCGUUAUGACCGUGCUCUGGAGAUCUACCUGAGAUUGAGACACAAAGAUGUUUAUCAACUCAUUCACAAACACAACCUCUUCUCCUCCAUCAAUGACAAGAUCGUCCUGCUCAUGGAUUUCGACAGAGAGAAAGCUGUUGACAUGCUCUUGGAUAAUGAAGAUAAAAUAUCGAUGGACAAAAUAGUGGAGGAAUUGAAAGACAGACCUGAGCUGUUACAUGUGUAUUUACACAAGCUGUUUAAGCGAGACCACCAUAAGGGGCAGAAGUACCACGAGAGGCAGAUCAGUUUGUAUGCAGAGUUUGACCGACCCAACCUGCUACCCUUCCUCAGAGAGAGCAUGCACUGCCCGCUGGAAAAGGCCCUGGAGAUCUGUCAGCAGAGACACUUUGUAGAAGAGACAGUCUUUCUGCUCAGUCGCAUGGGAAACUGCAGACGGGCCCUACAGAUGAUCAUGGAGGAGCUAGCGGAUGUAGACAAGGCCAUCGAGUUUGCCAAAGAGCAGGAUGACAGAGAACUCUGGGAGGAUCUCAUCACAUACUCUAUAGACAAACCACCAUUUAUCACAGGCCUCUUGAAUAACAUUGGGACCCAUGUGGACCCCAUUCUGCUCAUUCACCGGAUUAAAGAAGGGAUGGAGAUUCCUAACCUCAGAGACUCUCUGGUCAAGAUCCUGCAGGACUACAAUCUACAGAUCUUACUGAGAGAGGGUUGUAAGAAGAUUCUGGUGGCAGACUCACUGUCUCUACUGCAGAGGAUGCACAGGACACAAAAGAGAGGAGUGCGGGUGGAUGAGGAAAACAUCUGUGAAUCUUGCCACACUCCCAUUCUACCAUCAGACACAGCCCAGGCAUUCAGUGUGGUAGUGUUCCACUGCAGACACAUGUUCCACAAGGAGUGUCUGCCGUCCCCAGGAACCGUCCCAGGAAUACAGUAUUGUAACAUAUGCAGCGCUAAGCGGAGAGGGCCAGGCAGUGGUAUACUGGAGAUGAAGAAAUAAUCAUUCCUCCUCAUUUGAUGUACAUUUACACACACAACUACCACUCUCACCAGAGGCUGUUAAAAAAAAAUGAAAGAAUCUGCAUUUUACUUACAUUGUAUUUAUUAAUGCAAGCUUCUGUUGCUCUUCACACUAGAUUUUCUUUGGGGGGAAAAAUUGCCAAUAAAGCACUUCCACAAUUCA